UGGACACCACCAUCAUACCAUCUGCUCGUUAAUAAUCCAUCACUCACUCCUCUUUUACAACCCCAGCUAUGUCUAAUACCCUCCGACCAUACCUCAAUGCUGUCCGUCAGACACUGACGGCGUCCAUGUGUCUAGAGAACUUCUCCUCCCAGAUUGCAGAACGUCACAACAAGCCUGAGGUCGAGGUCGGUGCUUCAAAGGAGGUUCUUCUUAAUCCCCUUGUCAUCAGCAGAAAUGAUAAAGAACGGGUUUUAAUCGAGUCAUCCGUCAACUCCAUGCGCGUCAGCAUUGCCAUCAAACAAGCAGAUGAGAUUGAGCGUAUUUUGGCUCACAAGUUCACGCGUUUCUUGACCCAGCGUGCAGAGAGCUUCGUUAUUCUCCGUAGGAAGCCAAUAGAGGGAUACGACAUUUCCUUCCUGAUCACCAACUCACAUACGGAGCAAAUGUACAAGCACAAGCUGGUCGACUUUAUCAUCCAGUUUAUGGAGGAGGUUGAUAAGGAAAUCAGUGAGAUGAAGUUAAGCCUCAAUGCUCGUGCGCGUAUUGUUUCGGAAUCAUACCUCUCACAGUUCAAUUAAACCAGAUAUACGAUUAUUCAACUUUUAAAACAUCAACCUAAAAUAAAACAAGGGACAAAAGAUACACAACCACGGUUAUAUAUCAAAUACUAGCUUCACUUUCACUUUUGUUGCCAGGACUUUACUCCUACACUUUGAUUACUGAAGAAUUCCUGGAG